AUGGCAACAUCAGCUCCUCCCCAGCCGGCCUUCAAGGGCAUUGUGCAGUCGCUUGGCAGGGUUACUCUAAAACAACCUAUUACUUGGGGCUUUGUGAUCUAUCGAUGCUCGUAUAACAAUGAGGAUGCCUGGCAGACAAUUCUUCAGAGAAUACGUGAUGAGAUGGCCGAGUGUUUAGAAGAUCAAGGGCAGGAGGACCUACUGCCUCGGCAUGAGAUGAUUAUUAUGGACGACAAAGCAAAAUAUGAUGGCGCCACGUCUCACGAUAUCCGUGACCAUUUUACGUCUUGGGUGUUUAAUGCUUUACCGGAUAUCAUGGUUAAUACACCGACCGAGUCUCAGCUGCAGUUGACGCUCGUGAAUGAUCCUCAUAGUAUGGGGCUAGAACAUGUUUUCGGUACUCGAUAUAAUUUUUGCCUUUUUGUUGAUGACAUUUGCCUGGAGUCUGUCGAGCACAUGGACAUACCGGUCGUAAAGUUACUAGCAAAACACUUUGGUGCGCGAGACCCUGAAGACAGAAAUUACACUAUACACCCUGAUUUUGAGGAUGGUGAAACAGCCAUGGAAGAGGAAGAUGUUGGGUGGAUGUACCUCGAAGUUUACACUUAUGCUGAGAUGUAUAACGCGCUGGAGGAAGAGGAGUGGUGGUACGAACUAUACCGGAGACCACCCUUAUUGCCUUAUGACUCUCCCUCGGACCAAAACCCAGGCUCCUGGCGCAAAAAUAGCCAUCAAUCUCCGAGUAGCUAG